AUUCGAUUAUUCUUAGUCAAAACGAGCGAUGCUUAAGUAAAGUCCACAAAUUGUUUCCUUCAAUAAACAGGUUUUAUGUAUUAAACAGUUUCUCAGUCACGUGUGUAUAGUGUACUGAGUAACACAUCUAUAGUGUUUGUUGAAUAUUGUAGUGCUUACAAAUCAUGAGUGUCAUAAAAACUCCUAAAUUAUUAUGUUGUCUUGUGUUAAUAUUACAUGUGACGAUUGGACAAGAUGUGUUGGGUGAUACUGAGCCACCAAACGACCAAGAAGAAAGCAUACGAGUGGGGUCUUUACCACCAGUAUUAGCGGGCAGUUUGAGCCAGCCCUACAAUAUCACUGAUGAUCCGUGUGCGCCGUAUAAUCCACCUGUACCGGACUUCAGGGGCCCUGGUAGAAGAGUUAGUGACGUGAAAUGUUACGAGUACAUCUGGCAUGUAAAAUUACGGGAUAUAAAAGAAAAAAGGGCUAAAAGAUGUAGUGAAAUACAUCCAGUCCCCGGUAUUAUAGGAGGGCGCAUAGCAAAACGUGGAGAAUUCCCAAAUAUGGUAAGAUCGGGACUGGGCUCCAACACAAUUGCGGAUCGUACUGAUGGCAUCGCAGCAUACGAUGUAAACAUUAAAAACAUUAUUGUUCACCCUCAAUACAAUUCACCGAAGCAGUACUUUGACAUCGCUCUGAUGGAAGUGGACCAGAAAGUUUACUUCUCACGAGACGUCCAGCCUGCCUGCUUGUGGACUAAGCCUGAUAUUGAAUCGCUUAGUCGAACCGCUCUGAUCACUGGCUGGGGAGUAGUUGAAUCAGGAACCCUUAAAACAUCGCCUGAACUCCUGGCUGCAGAUGUGGAUUUUAUAGACACGAAAACUUGCGACGGUCUUCUCAAAAGAUCAUGCAAUAGAAACUGGUGUGGGCUGAAAGAACAUCAGCUUUGUGCUGGCAAAUUGAUUGGUGGGAAGGAUGCCUGUCAGGGUGAUUCAGGAGGACCACUUCAAGUAAACAUUCCUCUACCAAUUAAAACACAAGGCAAUAUGAACUACGUGGUUGGUGUGACGUCAUUUGGCAUUGGCUGUGGAUUACCAGGGCUACCAGGAGUUUAUACAAGAGUAGCAAGCUUCGCUGACUGGAUUGAGGGCAUAGUGUGGCCGGGAGAGAAAUAAUUUUGUUAGGGAAAUUGAAUAUCCUAAUGUUUAUGAACGCCUAGUAAUGCUAUUUUUGGUCCUUUUCAGAUCUUUAACGCUGUCGACAGUGAUUUUAAUUUAUUAUUUCGUUUAUCGCUAUUAAUGAUAUUGGCAAUUACCUAUGUUACUUUAUCGAAAAAAAUAAUUAAGAAAGCAUUAAUUGAUUCAGGUAUUAAAAUAUCUUGUCCUGUUACAUUGAUUGAAUGGGAAUCGAACGAUGAUCAUAUCAAUUAUUUUCUCUGUAGAGUCAGUAAUGGACGUGUAUUUUAUUUCAUUAAAUAAAUGAAUAUUUUGUCAUGAUGAAAA